AUGUUCGCCGUCAGGGCGAUACUGUGUAUUCUGUCGGCGCUUUCCACUUGCACCGCUGUGCCAUUGGCCUCGAUCCAACACGAGCACAACCAUCAUGGUAUUCAACAUCCGCGGAAAUCGAUCUCGAGCCCAGUCAAAGUCACACAAGAACAUGCGUUCGUUCCUCCGGCACCAGGACAGCAACGAGGCCCUUGCCCUGCCUUGAAUGCGCUGGCGAAUCAUGCCUACAUCUCUCGAGACGGCAUCGUGUCGUUGCUGGAAGCCGUAAACGGCGUUACCACAGUCUUCGACAUGGGUAUCGACCUGGCGACACUACUGGCUGUGAUGGCCGUUGUCUGGGCGGGCGACGCGUUGUCGCCAAAUCCAUCGUUCUCCAUCGGCGGCAUCGACGUGAGAGUCACCGAUGCCGUGGGCGGUCUCAUCGGCACCACCGGACCUGCUCAAGGCCUUGCCAAGGCACAUGAUAUCCUGGAGGCCGACGCUUCCCCAACGCGCAACGACCUAUAUCUGACCGGCGAUGCAGCCACGAUGAACUUGACCAGGUUCGAGAAGCUGUACAGCCUUGUUCCGACCGAUCGAGCGUUCACCAUGGACGACAUGGCAGAUUUUGCGGUAAUCCGUUUCAGGGAGAGCAUCGAGGAGAACAAGUACUUCUAUUACGGGCCAUUCACCGGGCUUGUCGCACGCAGUGCAAGCUUCUGUUUUGUCGGUCGGCUCCUGGCGAACCACUCGGAUGGCCAUGCAGGAGGAACACUGACUCACGGUAUUCUGAAGAGCUUUUACGCGGUGACAGGAGACGAUCCAUCGAAUUUCACAUACAAGCGAGGCUGGGAAAGGAUACCCGAAAACUGGUACGGAGGGUCGGGCGGAUAUGGAGUCGCCGAGAUCAACCUGGACAUCAUCUCCAUGGCCGUGAGGCACCCGGUGCUGGCCAGCAUUGGUGGCAACACAGGCACGGUAAAUUCGUUCACUGGCGUCGACCUUUCAAAUCCGGCGACGGGACUGGCAAACAUUCCCAGCUUGCUAAAGUCCAACAACCUGAUGUGCUUCGCACUCGAAUUGGUCAAAGGGGCCAUUCCAUCGACCGCGAACAGCCUCUUCGCUACUCUCGCGGGGCCGCUGACGAAACUGUUCGAUGCCGUUGACGCACCUCUGCUGAGUCUUGCAUGCCCAGCUUGGAGAUCCGUCACAGAAGGCGGACAGUCAUUUUUGAAGAGGCUACAAGCCACGUAUCCGGGCGCAAAAGGGAGCGCUCUGUGA